GUGCACACGCGUGAUGACCUACCUCUCCGACUGACUGACUGACUGACCUCACCCCGUUCCAGUUGCCCUCGAGUAUCCCCGUGCUCGUCCAUCCUCGCCUUUACUAAAAGUCACGACCGGGUGAGAUGUUGUCAUACUACUUCGAUGGUAUCCGCUCGUUUUAAAUAGCUCGCAAAUUGCCUGUCGCUGGCCUUCCCCCCACCCACCCUCCUCCUUUCGUGCUAUACCCGAUUCCCUACCGGCCAGUCUUGGGUCGAAUGUGAACGCGGAAUCAUCACAGCGCCCGCCAGAGCCGAGUCGAUAACGGUGCAGUGCAGUGCAGUGCAGUCGGUCAUGGAUCGGCUCCGCUCGGUCUUCCAAAACAGGGCGAACGUUCGGGAGGAGUACCAACCGCUGAACGAGGAACCGCCAUCCGUCGAGCCGACAUCCCCAGACCGUCGCGAGACCCACGAUGCGCCCUUCUCAUGGAUCGAGUACGGCAUCUUCGCACUACUCGGCGUCGCGAUGCUGUGGGCAUGGAACAUGUUCCUUGCCGCAGCGCCCUACUUCCAGCUUCGCUUCCGGGACGACAGAUGGAUACUCGACAACUUCCAGUCCGCCAUCAUCUCGGUGUCAACGUUGGCGAACCUAGGAUCCAUGGCUAUCCUGACCAAUAUCCAAUACACAGCCUCGUAUCCGUUCCGUAUCAACCUUGCACUGUAUAUGAACGUAGCUAUAUUCGCCCUGCUGACGACCUCGACUGUUAGCUGGCUCGACGCUUCCCCUUCGGGUUACCUAGCGUUCCUACUGUCGAUGGUAGCGCUUACAGCGUGGGCAGCCGGGUUGAUACAGAAUGGCGCGUUCGCCUUUGCUGCGAGCUUCGGAAGGCCCGAAUACAUGCAGGCCAUCAUGGCUGGGCAGGGCGUGGCGGGUGUUCUGCCUCCACUCGUGCAAGUCAUCUCCGUGCUCGUCGCACCAGCGGCCGACACCUCUGCCAGGGCACAGAACCCGUCGCCCGGCAACGGCAAGGCGGCCUUUAUCUAUUUUCUCACCGCGGUAAUUGUAUCCGUCACCGCCCUCGUCGGCUUCAUCCCACUCGUUCGGCGCCAUAACCACAUCGUCGAGAACCGGAUGAUGGAGCAGAUGGCGGCGUCGAUGACGAGCAUCGAGGACGCGGAGCGAUCGGCGCGCAAGGUGAUCGGCAUGGCGGCAUUGCUCAGGAAGCUGCACUGGCUCGCGGGCGGCGUAUUCAUGUGCUUUGCCGUGGCCAUGUUCUUCCCUGUCUUCACGCCCAAGAUCUUGUCUGUGACACCGCCGGACGAAGCCAGCCUGCUGCUGCAGCCUGCCGCUUUCAUCCCACUCGGGUUCUUGUUCUGGAAUCUCGGCGACCUGGGGGGGCGGGCGAGCUCCCUCUUCCUCUCGUUCCGCGACCACCCCGCCCUGUUAUUUGCGGCGAGCAUUGGGCGAUUGCUAUUUCUGCCGCUGUACGCCCUGUGCAACCUUCACGGGAAGGGUGCGGUAAUCAAUAGCGACAUGUUCUAUCUGCUCGCGGUGCAGUUCCCGUUCGGCUUCACCACCGGCUGGCUAGGCUCCAACUGCAUGAUGGCGGCCGGUGAGUGGGUGGAGGAGGGCGAGCGCGAGGCUUCGGGCGGGUUCAUGGGGCUGGCCCUCGUGGGUGGGCUCGCGUUUGGGAGCCUGCUGAGCUUCACUGCGGCGGGGAUAUGAUGUGAUAGCGAUAGCAUGAGGUGACGAGAUAGAUACCUAUUGUAGACCUAACCUACAACUUGGGGGCAUAACGGCAGCGGGAGGAGUCAGGCAAAGUCUCGUCUGCAUGCAGAGCCGGGUUGUCACUAACACAGCUUUAACCACCUUCGCCGACCGGGUAUGUUUGGGGCUAUGGCGCAAACCGGCUAGGGAUCUGACCUACAUGCAUACCACUGUCCAUGCAGUAGGACUAAUGAAGUCUUGUUUCCUCGCCCUUCCUUUUCCCUUCGCUCUGCCUCU